AUGCCGAAGAAAUUCUACGGGGAAAAUACGAAAGCAAUAGCAGCAAGAGCUCGCAAAGAAGCUGCAAAGAGAGACGAAGCAGCGAAGAAGAAGAAAGCUGAAGAAGAUGCAUACUGGCAGGAUGAUGAUAAGAACAUUAUCCGGAAACAAAGGAAAGAAGAAGCAGAACGCAAACGUACGGAAGCCUUACAGAGAAAACAUGAAAAUCGGUUAGCACAUGAUGAGGAAAUGAAAGCACUUUCGGGGAAAGCAGCCAGACCAUCCAAGAUUACACAAACAGCAAUUGAAGCAAAUAAGCGUGCUGAAGAAGAACGAAGACGUGAAGAAGAAAGAGAACGCAUGUUGAAAGAACAGCGUUUAGAAGCCAAAGAAGAGGAAAUUGAAGAAAAUGUUAACCAGCUGGAGAUAGAAGGUGAAACUGCUCGCACUGUCACAGAAGCAAUUAACAUAUUGUCUAUAAGCAAACCAACUAUCGACCGCCAUCCCGAAAAAAGAGUAAAAGCCGCCUACCAGGAAUUCGAAAAAAAAAUGUUACCACGUUUAAGAGAAGAAUAUCCCACAUAUCGCCUCUCACAGCUGAAGCAGAUUUGUUUUAUAAUGGUGAAAGUUUGGCUUGCUGAAUCCGGGUCUGACUGUAUACUGCGUUCAUUUAGUCUGGAGAAGUAUGUGAAGGAAAUAUUAGAUGACUUCGUGAGUGAUCCAGAAAGGCGCUCAAAAUGUUGUUUGGUAUUUCUUGGGAAAGUAUUGGCAGAAGAUGUAAGACUAAGCGAUGUGAGAAAUAUGGAAGACAAGUACACAUUACAUGUCAUGGUCCGUUCUACAUCGGAUCCUAUGCCAAAGUUGCAGUUGGAUAACAAAAAAUUGCAGGAGUGUAGGGAGAAAUUUCAAUUCCUAAGAGCUUCCAAACGAGGUCGCGAAAAGAUAAUAGAUGAAAUGAGUAAAGACGAUUUCGUGGAAGGUCUGCUAAAAGAAUUCCCACUUCUGAAGAAGGAUCGAAUGGCACUAAUAGUGGCUAAAGAUUUCAUUCUCUCGGGCGCUAUGAUUAUAGGAAAACAGAACACGGAGGAAGCCUUUCUUCAGGAUCAUCCGAUAUUAGUAGAUGUAAUACACUAUUGGUUACGUGGCAUUACUGUACCACCCAAGAUGUCCCAUUCCGGUUCAAGCGCUUCUAUAUCAGACAAUCCGACGCCAUCUUCUGGACAAAGUGGUUAUGCACCCAUCGUAACUCCACAAAUGUUGCAAGAGGUAUGGCUUACCGUUGAAGAUGUCGCAGUUGCGCAAGCAAUGAGAAAUGUGGGAGGAGGUGGAACUAAUCAAGGACUCUCGUCGUCUUCGACAUCAUCUUCUCGAAACUCACAUCAUUUUCCUGGUACACUUUCAACAUCUGGGUCUACACAAUAUACUUCGCAGUUGGCCCAGUUAGCUGAUUUUGGUUUCAUAAACACCGAAGAAAAUAGACGGAUUCUUGAAGAAACUGGUGGUAAUGUUGAACAAGCACUAGAACUAUUGAUUGCUUUGCGGGAAUCAGUUAUGGGUUUGGGAAAUAAUUAG